ACAUCUAAACUUUGGUUGUUCCUUGGUGGAACACCUGCUCUUGUGUGUGUGUGAAUUGACUUCUGUUCUGAUUCUGGGAACAUCUUGAUAGUGUUGGAAAUCACCAGAGAAGUCAAAAUGGGAUCUUGGAACUUGAAAUUAAAAAUUCUGCCAUGUUUCUGAGUACUAAAAUGAAGAAAGAGAGAGCAUAGCAUGAGAGAGGUUAGGGAGGAAAAGCAGUACUUCAGGAACAUGUGUUGGAUGAAGGAGGCAUGGUUUAAUGAGAUGUUGGAGCCAAAGAACAUGGUACUAGAAGUUGUGGAGUUUGGAGGGGAAUACCAGGAGUUAGAUGUGUCACAUCAGAAAAGGGAAAGAGGAACUGAAGGGUUUUUUCCAGUGUUGCAUAUACUUAAGUGCUGUCAUUCUGAAUCUAUUUUUUUCCCAAGUUAGAGAAACAGCUUGCAAAGAUGCUAAUUCAGACUUAGCAGGGUAUGGUUAGAUAACAGAGAGCUGAGGGAGGAAAGACAGAUUUAGAGCAGCGUGCCUGAAAUGGGUAACUGAUACUGUGACAAAUAAAGCAAGUGAAUUUAAUUCACAAACCACUGAGCUUAGUCCUCUGUAAUCACUUUCUGUGUGAAAAGUCUGUCAAGCCACUGAGACAGCUGGGUAUUGAUCCUUAUUGAAGAGGGAUCUUGUGUUCUGAUAUGUGGAUCCUUUGGCUAACAACAGGUCUGUGGAUUUAUGGUUCAAUUUCCCUCCCCAUAGAGCCUGGCAGUGGAAGGAGUGCAAAUGGGUGCUCUAUGGUGAGGGAGCUCUUUUUCCAUCCCAUACAGCUGUGAGCAGCAUCUGAACUAUUACUGUCUUUUGUGCUCUGACUGUUGGCUAGUUUACAAAAAGAGAUGUUGUGUGGAGACUUCUUCCUUCUAUUUUGGGAUACUGAUUCAUGUCCACUUCCCCAAAAAUAUGUGAAGUAAGCUUUGCCUGACAUAAUUAUAUGUGUUUCAUCCAUCACUCUGAAACUUGCUCGUUGAUUUGUCUUGUUCAAAUUAUUGAGCCUGGAAAUGUUUUUAAAUUUCGACAAGUCAGUGAAACACUUGAAUCCUUUUAAGAACUCCAGAAGAAAAUAAGUGUAAAAUAAUGACAUUUAUUCAUUAUCCGUUGGUGAUACUUGCGAGCAAUUGUGCACUCUUGAAUUUGAAUUUUAUUGUCUUGUGGUUUGUGUAGCAUUAACUGUGCAAGCAAGACUUGCUCUAAAGCAUGUCUGUGCUGCAGAAUUUUUCAGGAUGGCUAUUUUGAUUGUCGAGGGUUGAAGAGGGAAAGGCAAGCUCCAGCUGUGGGGGAGAAAAGAGAUUAAAUACUUACAGUUCUGUGGGGCAGUGCAAGUACCUGAGCCGCAGCUCCUCAGGGGCACAGGCAGCGUUUCUGAGCCUGUCUCUGCCAGUGUGGGAGCUGGAGCACACUGGGAGAAAAAAAGGACGACUUUCUUUUUCUCCCAUAGGAAAGUGGUUGAUUGAAAGGUGAGUAGGAAGAAAGUGAGCGCUGGAAAAUCCCCUCUGCUUUCUAGCUCGAUGUCUGCCAGGGCUUGGAGCUGUGCGGGAAUUGAUUUAUAACCUCUCUGGGAAGCUGGGAAAUCUGACAAAGAGAGCGCUGCCCCCUGACAGGGGGAAACAGGAAGUACCAAAGGAAACAAGUCACUGCCUCGGCGUCACUUUUGGCCACAGAGCGCUGCAGAUGCACCAGCAGUGGGGCCGGGGUUGCUUUUCCUUUUGUGCGUUGAGCAGAAGGCAGCUACAGCUGUGGCUUUCAACCUGGGAGUACCCAAAGGUGGGAGAAGGGCAGGGAUGUUCCUGCCAUGCCUGAGAGGGGUCACAAGUUGUUAAUGGCUUUGUCAUCACAAAGGAAACAAUCGUUCGGGGAAACUGUCUGCAGAAAAACGAUGUGUCGGUCGGACAAGGUCACCAGAAUGAUGGCCUCGCAGGAGCAGGUCUGGCCAGUCCCAAUGAAGGCAAUUGGAGCACAAAACCUUCUGACAAUGCCUGGAGGAGUCACCAAGUCAGGGUAUCUUCAUAAAAAAGGAGGCACCCAGCUGCAGAUCCUGAAGUGGCCACUGAGAUUUGUGAUUAUCCACGAGGGAUGUAUUUACUAUUUUAAGAGCAGCACAUCUGCAUCUCCCCAGGGUGCAUUUUCUUUGAAAGGUUACAACAGGGUGAUGCGGGCAGCUGAGGAGACAACAUCAAGCAAUGUGUUUCCUUUCAAGUUAGUUCACAUAAGCAAGAAGCACAGGACGUGGUUUUUUUCAGCUUCUUCUGAAGAUGAAAGAAAGAAUUGGAUGCUAUCCUUGAGAAGGGAAAUUGGUCACUACCAUGAGAAGAAAGAAACAAUAACAGAAUUUAGUGACUCUGGUUCUGAUGCAGACAGUUUCUAUGGCUCAGUAGAACGUCCCAUUGACAUCAAGUAUUCCCACCAUUCAGCAGAUAAUGAAGAUUACGACCAGGAGGAAGAGGAUGAGUCUUAUUUGCAGCCGGAUACAUCUGACAUAGUGAAAGAUGAUAUGGUGCUGCCCCCUGCAUACCCACCUCCGCCCGUUCCUCACGUCAGGAAAUCUCCCUACUCCGAAGCAAGGGCACAUUCCUAUGCUGGCAAACCAACAGCACCAGUACCACCACCCCCCCCAAAGAGGAGCUUACCUGAAAUCAAACUAGAGCCACCCCCUGUGCCCCCUUUACCUGUGUUCAAAAAGCCUGCAAGUGGCAAAGAGUCUCACCCGCUGCCUCCAGAGCCUGUGCCUCCAGCACAAGUCCUUGCUCCGCCAGAAGCAUGCGAGAAGCUAAAAACCUUAAACCUUUCCCCACGGACUCCUCCUCCUCUGCCAGCCAAUAAACCCAAGUUGUCACAGCUUGCUGAAAAGCUAGCAGAGCCCAAAGUGCCAAGGGAACAUGGUAAACCUGGACUCUUUGUGCCACCAGUGCUCCCAAAGCCACCUGUGCCAAGCCACCAGCCCCCUGCGGUCAAGCCCAGAACAGAGAAAUCUUUAGGUCCCCAGUUACAAUCACCACCAGAUGGACAGAGUUUUAGAAGUUUUUCAUUUGAAAAACCAGCUCUACCCUCCAAGCCAAGCCAGCCUGAUGAUGACUCUGAUGAUGAUUAUGAAAAAGUUGGGCUGCCUGUUUCAAUAUUUCUUAAUACCUCUGAGUCCUUUGAAGUUGAAAGGAUAUUUAAAGCUAGUAGCCCACAAGGACAACCACAAAAUGGAUUGUACUGUAUUAGGAACUCAUCUACUAAGCCUGGAAAGGUAUUGGUUGUAUGGGAUGAACCUGCAGGAAAAGUGAGAAACUACAGAAUCUUUGAAAAGGAUGGCAAGUUUUACCUGGAUUCAGACAUCCUGUUUUUGAACAUGGGAAGUUUGGUGGAAUACUACAGCACUCAUGUCUUACCCAGUCAUGACAGCCUGAUUCUCAGGUGUCCUUAUGGUUACUCUAAGCCAAGGUGACAGGAUAGCCACGGCUCACUGACACCCUGCUGCCCCUGAGGACAGGACUCCUGCCUGUUGGACAUCCUGCUAUUUGCACACACAAACUGGGUCUGUGUCCACCUUUUAUUCUCUCAUAAUUUGUUAUAUAAAUUCCAUUUAAUGAACUUCUGGUAAAACCUUAGAGUCCAGAUCGGUGGAUUUUAUGGUCUUUUUCUUUACAAAGAUCUGAACUGAUUGUGCUGUGAAAGCUGUCCAGGAUACCCACACCUUUUACAAAACUGCUGCUAUUACUAAUCUCCUUGGAAUGUUGAAGAUGAACGUGAACAAAGAAGUGAUCUGAAUACAGCUGAUCUAGAAAAUGGACACUUCUGAAAGUAUGUCAGAAUUUGUGACAGGGAAUACUAAUACUCUGACUUGGAGGUACUACUCCUGAAGUCAGUAUUGGUGCUCAACUGAGAUAUUUUGUAUUACUUGUAUAGCUGAUGUGUACAUAAUGAAGAUUUCUGUGCAAAUUUUUUUAUUUACUAUAGGUAAAGAUGAUCAGGAAUCGAGGCUUUUUUUUAAGCCACCUCUUAUACCCUUGUACCUUCUGAGUACAGUAAUCACUAUCAGGUACUAUCUGGCUGAUAUGGGUGUGGCAUCCCACACACUGCUUCAUGACAUGCACUUCAGAGAAGUGUGGGACAAUAUUGAUUUGGCUUUCAUGGGAUCUCCAUUAUCUGGUUCUGAACUGGAAGGGUAUUUUUAAAGGGAAAAGAGAAAGGGCUACUUCAGAUUUUGGGGGAAGGGAAGGGAGCCAUCUGAAUGUUUCAAAUUCCAAUUAGCAGUUUGAUCUCACAUUGCCAUAGUCAAAGGUUCUUUAAAACAAAGCACAAAAAAAUGCACCUGAAACAAUGUGAUGCUACUAUCAAUCCAAAAAUCUUUGUGGUCACACUUUGUUGUCAGCCAGCUGCAUUUUUUCUGUUCUAGGGCAAAGCACACUACCCUGGUCUGCCAACAAGAUUUCUCUCAUUAAAAUUUCUACUCAGAUUGUAGUUGCAUGCAAAGCAAAAUCUAUUUUUAAUCUAUUGUUAGCAAUAGACAUUACCAGGGUGCUUUUAACAUCUGUUCCCUAAUAUUUUGGGGACAGGUAUCCGAAAUCCAAGGGCUUGAUAUUUAUGCCAAAAUUACUCUAUCCCUGAAUUUUAAUAUGGAGGAGAAAUUAAUUUUAAUAACCUGUUAAGUAAUUCUGUUAAUCCAAAAAUAGUGUCAUAAUGGUCUCAUACUCUAAUAAUGUUUACAAGACUUGUAGUAAUAGUCAAAAAAAUUCUGCCACUCCUGAAACAGGAGAAGGUAUCUAGUUUUUAUCAGUCUGAAUUUGUAUUCAUAAACUUUUUUUCUGUUACCCUCUAAAACUGUCCAAAUGCUCAUUUUAAUCUUGUUACCAUUAGAUGGUCACAACUUUAAAAUCAUAACACAAAUAUUACAGAAUAAUAUUCUUUUUAUGAAAACAGUGAACCAGGAUUUAGUCUCUAGGGAAUUUUCCUUACUAAUCAGAUGGAAAAUAAGGGUCAUAUACAGGAAUUGGGGCAGGAAAUUCUGCCUCCAUCUUUUUCAAGAGACACAGACAUACACAAUAUCAGUCUUUUGAUCUCUGUUCCCACCGUAAUAGGGCUUAUGUGUGUAAAGAGUGUGAAGUACUUAAAAUUCAGAUUCUCUUGAAUAUUGGAUAUUUUAAAUCUUAUUCCCUUUAUUUUAAAUUAGUGUCCCUGUGAUGCACUAUCCUGACAUUGAUCCUCUCUAAAGAAGGCUCAGCCAAGACAGCAUUUAAAAACUUCUUUGACAAAUAGUUUUAUGUAUAUCAGAGUAAGUUCAAGUUUCUUGCAAUAUUCACACCUAACUGUCUACAGAGUAAGUUUUUCUCUGUCUGAGAAUAACUGACUUCAUUGUGUCAUGACAAUGUUAUUUAUAGUAUGCUCUCUUUGGGGCCCUAUUCGGAUAUUUGAUUGUUUGCUCAACUUAUACUCAGAAGAUUUUUAAAUUGUUUAAACCAUAACACACUCUUUACCUGUGUAAUACAAGAGUUGCAAAUAUGUAAAUUUUUGUGUAAUUCCUUUUUGUAUCUAAAUGUAUAGAUUUCUGAAAUGGAUAAACUUUCUAUGCCAGUCCA